AUGGGGGCCAAAGCAGUGGUCAUUUCUUCUGUAGCUUGGGGGCUCCUGAGCUGCUGUUUCCUCUGUAGUGGGGCUCUAGGGAGCCAAAGGCCCUUGCGCUCUCUGCCUCCACUACCGUCCCAAGCCAAGCCAAAAUCUGGGCCCAUGUGGAUGCCCCCAAAGGGGGCUGAAGCAGCCCUGGCCUUUCUCUACUCUGGAGACGUUCAACGGCUGUCAGGAGCAAACUGCAGCGAGAAGUAUGAAGUCCGUGGGGCGGAAGGCAAAAUCGGGGUCCCCCCAGUCCUACAGAGAGCAGCGGGCACCCUGGCCCAGGCUGCCAACUUUCUCAACAUGCUCCUACAAGCCAACGACAUCCGGGAGUCGAGCGUGGAGGAGGACGUGGAGUGGUAUCAGGCGCUUGUUCGCAGUGUGGCAGAGGGAGACCCGAAAGCCUACAGGGCUCUGCUGACCUUUAACCCUCCACCGGGGGCCAGCCACCUUCAGCUGGCCCUGCAGGCCACUCGGAUGGGGGAUGAGACCGUCCUUCAGGACCUGUCUGGGAACAAGGUACAGGAAGAGACUCCAGGAGAGGAUCUGGACCAUCCUGUCCUCCAGAAGCGAGUACUGACCAAUGACCUAAGGAGCCUUGACAGUCCCAAGUGGCCACGGGGGGAUGGAUACGUGGGGGACAUACAGCAGGUGAAGCUAUCUCCCCCUUUCCUGGAAUGUCAUGAGGGCCAGCUCCGUCCUGGCUGGCUAGUCACAGUCUCUGCCACGUUCUAUGGACUCAAGCCAGACCUCACCCCAGAGGUCAGGGGACAGGUGCAGAUGGACAUCGACCUCCAAAGUGUGGACAUCAACCAGUGUGCAAGCGGCCCGGGCUGGUACUCAAACACACACCUGUGCGACCUCAACAGCACCCAGUGUGUCCCUCUGGAGAGUCAGGGUUUUGUCCUUGGCCGCUACCUCUGCCGAUGCCGACCUGGAUUCUAUGGAGCUAGUGGUUCUGGGGGCUUAGAAGAGAGUGCAACACAAGCUGCAGGGCAAUUUGGGUCCCCACAAGGCAGCUUAGGGAAGCUGCUACGGUGCCAUCCGUGUCCUGAGGGCUGCACCAGCUGUCUGGAUGCCACACCGUGCCUGGUGGAAGAGGCCCUGGCACUGAGGACGGCAGUGUUGGCAUGCCAGGCCUGCUGCAUGCUGGCGGUCUUCCUGAGUAUGCUGCUGGCCUACCGUUGCCGAGGGAGCAAGAGGAUCCGGGCAUCUGGAAUCGUCCUGCUGGAAACCAUCCUUUUUGGAUCCUUACUUCUCUACUUCCCGGUGUUCAUUCUGUACUUCAAGCCCAGCGUUUUCCGCUGCGUCGCUCUCCGUUGGGUCCGGCUGCUGGGUUUUGCUGUCGUCUAUGGGACCAUUAUCCUGAAGCUUUAUAGGGUGCUCCAGCUGUUUCUGUCUCGAACUGCCCAGCGGGUGCCACACCCAAGUAGCGGGCAGCUGCUGCGGCGUCUGGGGCAGCUCCUGCUGCUGGUAUUGGGUUUCCUGGUUGUGUGGACAGCGGGCGCCCUGGAGCCAGGCACCCAGCACACAGCUCUGGUGACCCGGGGUCACACUCCCACUGGCCGCCACUUCUACCUCUGUCACCAUGACCACUGGGACUACAUCAUGGUUGUGGCGGAAAUGCUGCUGCUUUGUUGGGGCAGCUUCCUCUGCUAUGCCACCCGGGCUGUCCCCUCAGCCUUCCACGAACCGCGCUACAUGAGCAUUGCCCUGCACAAUGAGCUACUACUCUCUACCGCCUUUCACACCGCCAGGUUUGUGCUGGUUCCUUCCCUGCACCCAGACUGGACACUUCUCCUCUUCUUCCUCCAUACCCACAGUACAGUCACAGCCACACUUGCUCUGAUCUUCAUCCCUAAGUUCUGGAAGCCAGGGGCACCUCCCCGGGAAGAAAUCUUGGAUGAAGUGUAUGAGGAUGAGCUGGACCUGCAACGCUCAGGCUCCUACCUCAACAGCAGCAUCGCCUCAGCAUGGAGUGAGCGCAGCCUGGAUCCAGGGGACAUUCGGGAUGAGCUGAAGAAACUCUACGCCCAGUUAGAGAUCCGAAAGACCAAGGAGAUGGCUGCUAACAACCCCCACCUGCCCAAGAAGCGGGGCAGCUCGCGCCAGGGAUUGGGCCGCUCUUUCAUGAGAUACCUGGCCGAGUUCCCAGAGGCCCUGGCUCGGCAGCACUCUCGGGACUCGGGCUCUCUCGGCCUCCGCAGCCUGCCAGGCUCUUCCCGACGAAGGCUCCUCAGCUCCAGCCUUCAAGAAACGGAGAAACCACCAGCCCUCCGCAAGACCCGCAGCACUUAUGACCACCACAGGGAACAUAACGCUCUCCCCUUCGACUCCACGCUGAGACGGACCCUGUCCAAGAAGGCUUCCCCCACAGACGGCCGAGAGUCGUUGGCAGAUGGGCCCCCAGCCCUGGGCUUCAGGUCAGCCAGUGCUCACAACCUGACAGUGGGAGAAAGGCUCCCUCGAGCCAGGCCCAUCUCCCUGCAGAAGUCACUCAGUGUGGUGGCUGGCUCGAGGGAAAAGGCGCUGCUGGUGGCCAGUCAGGCCUACCUGGAGGAAACCUAUAGGCAGGCAAAAGAGAGGGAGGAAAGAAAGAAGGCUGAGGCGGCCAUGGUGAGCCCGGUGCGGAGGCCAUCGACCAGGAGGCUGGAAUGGCCUCUAAGGGCUCCUCUGUCCGCCCCACCUUCUCCUGGCAAGAGCAGCAGCGUGGACAGCUCUCACACCACUGCGAGGCCUCAUGAAGAGGCUGGGAGAAGGCUGCCUCACCCACCCAUCAGGCACCAGGUCUCCACACCCGUCUUGGCUCUGUCCGGGGCCUGCCUGGGAGAGCCAAGAAUGUUGUCUCCCACCCCAGCCUCCACAUUGGCUCCUAUUCUGUUGCCGGCUCCCGCCCCAGCCCCCGUCCCCACCCCUGUUCUGGCACCAGUCUCAAAACCCCCCCAAAGCCCCACCCUUCUCACUUUCAUCUGCCCCUGGGAGAAUGCAGAACUGCCAGGCAAGAAAGAAAAUGUGGUCCAGGAAGACCCGGCAGGGCCAGAGCGAAGCGGCCACUCGCCUGCCUCGGCUCGUACCAAGAUCUGGAGGGCCCUGUCUGUGGCAGUGGAAAAAAGGGGGACUGGAGACAGUGAGGCACUCACAGAGGGUGGACAUGUCCAGGGGGAAGCCGAUGAUACAGAUGAGGAAAAGCCCAAGGUCUUCUCAAAAUCCCACAGCCUCAAGACUCCUCUGCAGCAGGGUUCCGUGCGCAGCCUGGGCCUGGCCAUCAAAGCUCUGACCCGGUCUAGGAGCACCUACAAAGAGAAGGAUGGUGGGGAGGGCACCCCGGAGACUGAGAAGGGAAAGCCUACCGAGGUGAGCACGGGGGCUCCACCCCGAUCUCCCAGGCUAGGCCGGCCCAAGGCAGUGAGCAAGCAGGUUGCCCUCGCCCCCUGCGAAGAUGAAGAGUCCCUCCAGAACCAACAGAACGCUCACACCAGCCGCAUGCUCCACGUUUGUCAAAAGGAGGGCAGCCGAGAACAAGAAGAUAGGAACAAGAGAGCGGCCCCGGGUCCAGGGGAGCGGAAAGUUGAGAGAACUGGUAAAAUAACGCUGACCACACUGAGGCAAGUUUUUGGGGAGAAAAAUGCUGAACAAGCGAAGGAAUCCCCCACGGGAUACCAAGAGGUGCCCAACCCUGCCCUCCAGUCCCUGGGCAGUGCUGACCACAGGGUGGCAGAGGUGUGCCCCUGGGAAGUAACUGAAUCCGAAUCAGGAAUGGACCCGCCAGAGAGUGUCAACAAGGCCAAAGUCUACUCCUGGGAGAGGACUGAGGGAGGAAGCCUUGAGAAGAAACCAUCAAGACAAGUCCUAAGUAGGUCCUGGGAAGAGAGAGAGAAAGUCCUAGCAGAGUCAGAGACCGAAGGUGUGGGUGCCAUUCCUCGGAAGAAGCCGGAGAGGCUGGUCCGGAGCCAGGAGGCUGUGUGUCCCUGGGAAAGCCCCGACUCUGGAGGUCUGUCUCCUCAGUUGGUGCAUCAGGAGUCUGACAGAAGUGGGGGCAGGUUUGUGGUAGUGAGCAAAGGAGACGCACACCCAGAGGCUCUUCCGCCCCAUGCUGCCAAGGCAGAACUGUGCCCGUGGGAGAUGAGCGAUGUGGGGGAGGGGACAUCUGCUCAGAAGGUACAGGAACUCCCUGAAGAAAGGCAGAAAUCCCCCAAGAAGGCAACCUUCUGGGGAGAACGGAAUCUGGGCGGAGACCUGGUGUCUCUCUGUCCGUGGGAAAGUACUGAUUUUCGGGGCCCUUCAGCCGUCUCACUUCAAGCCCCAGGAAGCUCAGGGAGUUUGGGCAGUGGUAUUGCGGAGGUAUGCCCAUGGGAGGCAGAGAACAUAGCUAAUGACAAGAAAGCUGAGGUCUGUCCCUGGGAGCUGGGGGAGGAGCUAGCAGGUACAGAAGGACUGAAUCAGGGAACAGAUGGGGAGCCUCUCCCAGGAAAGGAGACUCCCUCCAGAAAGGGAUGCUUAGCAGAGUUGGGGGAGCAAACUGUGAGGGCAAAGCCCAGAGUCCCUCAAGGACAGGAGUCAGUAUGCCCUUGGGAGGAUGACGCCCCUGAGCGGUCCAGCCCACAGCCAGACAACGCUUCCUCCAAGGCUGGUGAGAAACUCCUAAGCCAUGGGGGCAGCCAGGUACUGCAAGUGUGUCCUUGGGAAGCAGUCAAGCCAGAGGAAAAGCAAGCAACACCUUCAACAGCAGAAAUCUGUCCCUGGGAAGUAGAUGGACAACCAGAGACCAGGACAUCAGAACACGCAUCAAAAGAAGGAGAAGUUCACAAAGAUGAGGAGAAAAUGUCCGGGAGAGCAAGGAUCCAAGCACAGGAAGAGGCUGAGGGGCGGAUCCAAAAGCAGGAAGCAAUCUGCCCCUGGGAGAGCAUGGACCUGGGUAGCACCCCACAAAGAGACACAGCGAAAGCCCAAGCCUCUCUCCAGAGGCAAGGCAGCAUGGCAGGCAGAGCUGCUGAGAUCUGUCCGUGGGACGUGGAGGAAACAGCUGAGAAGGCCAAGAUCUGUCCCUGGGAAGUGGGGACUGAGGUUGGAGGGGAAAGGACUGUCAGAGCCGAAGCCUCUGAGGCCCGUCCGAAGGAUGCAGGCCACGCGUCUACAGAUUCUGGAUCCAGGCAGGUAGCUGCCAGUGCUCCAAAGAAGUCAGAGAGGCUUGGUUCGGAGAAGGAGGUGGUCUGUCCCUGGGACAGCUUGAGUCCGGGGGACCCCUCUCAGCAGCCAGACACUCUGAACACUGAGAAACUAAAAGAUGAACUCCAGGAACACGGGAGCUCCAGGCCCAUAGAGGUGUGUCCCUGGGAAGCCGAGGAAGUUCCUACCGGUGAAAAAGCCAAGAUCUGUCCCUGGGUAUUGAAUGAAGGGACCGUGGGAAAAGGACUGGAGCGAGAGCCGGGGAGUGAGCCAGAACGGCAAAGGAGACAGAAUCUAGAAGAGGCAGGACUCCCCUUCCAAGAAGAAGGCACGUCAAAGGGCGACACAAAACUCUGCCGGGAACAGGAAGGGGAAGCUAUCUGUCCUUGGAAGCCACCUGCCCAGGUCCCCAAGGUCUCAGACUUGCCCCUCAGCACCGUUGGUCAGGGAGCAGAAGGACAGUCCUUGGAAGCAAGCGACAGGGCAUCAGAGAAGGGAGAGCCGAGACAAGACCUGAAGAUGGGUUCUCUCCCAGAAUACACAACCCAAAUGGUUCCUGUCGAUGGGGGAGGAGCAAGCUCGGAACUCCAGCCUGUAAGCCUGCAGGAAAGUAUGGUACUGGCAGGCUCUUCCUCCCAUCCACACAUCCAGUGCCCUGACCAACCUAGAGUCAGCUCCCAGCCCCUGGUCAGCACCGGGGAUGGGGCUGCUGAAGUGUGCCCAUGGGAUGCUCCUGACAGUGACACCAAGGUUGAGCCCUGUGCCCAGAAGGUGACUGGGAGAGUUACAGAGACAGAGACGUCAAGACAAGAUGAAAAGGAGAAAUCUCAAGAGGAGAAAGAGCAAGCCCCUGAAACACGAGAUCAUGAAGGUGUGGCCGUUCAGAAAAUACCACAGACCAGCAACUUUGAGAAGCAGGAAGCUGUGUGUCCCAGGGAGAGUCAGGACUUUGGGGUGCAAGCAGCUACAGAUGCUUCUGAUGGGAGCAAAGGCGGUUCUGAGAAAGUGUGUCCUUGGGAAGUAGAAGAGGUCCCUUCUACCAAGGAAGCUGAGAUCUGCCCCUGGGAGGCAAGUCCAGGAGCCGUGGGGGAGGGGGCGCUGGACCUGGGGCAAGAUGGAGAGUCACAGGGGGAGAGAGGGGUUGAAAGACAUCUCUUGAAGGCAGCAGAGACAGUCUGCCCCUCAGAAGGCACAAUGUCAUCAGGGCUCUUCCCCCAGGAAGACGUGGUGAACACAGACCUCCCCAAGGUCGGUCUUCAUGGAGCAAGCAGCCCAGGGAAAGGGCUAGCAGAACUGUGUGUGUGGGAAGUCACAGACCCGGAAGGAAAUAAAAUCAAGGGUACCAUGGCAGACAUCUGUCCGUGGGAGGAGACUAGAGCCCAAUCUGAUGAAUCUGGCCCCCUGGCUUUACCAGUAACCCAGGCAGAUGUGCCAGCUGCCCCUGAGAAAUCAGUCUGUCUCUCGGUACACAGACCGUUGGAGAGCUUUCUCCCAGAGAGCAAGAGUGUCCGCCCAGACAUCAGCAAGCCACUUGGCUCUUUCCCCCCGGAAGGUGUCAGAGAGCAAGAACCUUUGGAACUUGAGACUGGAGCCAAGUCAGUUCCAAAGCCAAGUCCCACAGAAAGAGAGGUUCCAGAGUCUUUGCCCUUAACUGAAGACCAAGGACUAAUGGCUUCUGAAGGAGAGGCUGGAGAACUCAGCCCUCCCCCUGACUACCCUUGGGAAUGUGAAUGACAGCACCCUACACCUGACUACCCUUGGGACUGUGAAUGACAGCACCCUCCCCCUGA